AGUGACGUCACAUGCGCAGCGGCUCCGGGCGCGAUGCAAGAUGGCGGUGACAAAGCUGGAGUUGUCUUCGGUGAAAAGGCUGAGAGCUGAAAACGCGGCAGCCGCAGAAAGCCCCAUCUGGUGAAGAUCCAUUUCCAACAGAUUCUAUCUGUCAUGACUGCAUCAUUUUUUUUCAGAAUGGGAAAGCUUCAAUCCACCAGCCAGGUUUUGAUCUGGGAUCUGACUUGUCCAGUAUUACUAUCAGCUGGGUUCCUAACAGCAUCAAAAUCUAAGAGUCGUUCGAAUCAUCAGGACCUGAAUAUCAUUGGGCUUCGAUCGUGAAAGGAAGAGGUUUUGGAAAGGCAGGAUUUGCAGGUGGGAAGCUCAAACCACCACACGUCGCAUCAAGACCUGACAGAUGCACGAUAUUUGUCGGGAGCAGAAUCUCUCAGGUCUGUGAACAUGGAAGGACAAAACAUUGUUCACAGUGGAGAGAAACCAUUUACAUGUUCUGUGUGUGCACGAGGCUUCAGCCAAUCAUCUGGUUUGUCAAAACAUAAAUGCAGUCACACUGGGGAGAAACCAUGGAAAUGUGGUGACUGUGGGAAAGGAUUCAUUUCUCCAUCAAAGCUGGAAACUCAUCGCCGCAGACACACUGGUGAGAGGCCAUUCACCUGCACCGUGUGUGGGAGAGGAUUCACGCAGUCAGCCAACUUGCUGACACACCGGCAAGUUCACACUGGGGAGCGGCCAUUCACUUGCUCUGAAUGUGGGAAGGGAUUUGCCGAUUCAUCCAGCUUCCUGAGGCACCGACAGGUUCACAGUGGGGAGAGGCCAUUCAACUGUUCCGAGUGUGGAAAGAGAUUCAUUCAGUCAUCUGAUCUGCUGAGACACCAGCGAGUCCACACUGGGGAAAGACCUUUUAAAUGUCCAGACUGUGGGAAAUGUUUUAAAAGUUCCAGGGAAUUGACAUGUCACCUACGUGUUCACACUGAGGAGAGACCUUUUAAAUGUCCAGACUGUGAGAAGUGCUUUAAAGGCUCCAGGGAACUGAUGCUCCAUCAACGCAUUCAUACCGAUGAGAGACCAUUUAGGUGCUCUCACUGUGGGACUGGGUUCAAGCGGUCAUCUCACCUGACUGAACAUCGACGAGUUCACACUGGAGAGAGGCCAUUCACCUGUCAUGCAUGUGGGAAGGGAUUUACUCAGUCAUCCAACCUGCUGACACACCAGCGAGUUCAUUCUCCCAAUAAAUCAUUAUCUGAAUAUCAUCACAUGUUGAACAUGGAGGGAAAAAGCCCGUUUCACAAUGGAGAGAAACCAUUCAUGUGUUCUGUGUGUGGACAAGGCUUUAGCCAAUCAUCUGAAUUGUUACAGCAUAACUGCAAUCACAGUGGGGAGAAACCCUGGAAAUGCAGGGACUGUGGGAAGGGAUUCAUUACCCCAUCAAGGCUGGAAACUCAUCGGCGAAGUCACACUGGAGAGAGACCCUACACCUGCUCCAAAUGUGGGAAAAGAUUCCCCUACUCAUCCAGCUUGCUGAGACACCAGCGCAUUCACAGUGGGGAGAGGCCAUUUGCCUGCUCCAUGUGUGGGAAGGGGUUCAGUGAUUCCUCCAAUCUGCUUUCGCACCAGCUAGUUCAUACUGGGGAGAGGCCAUUCACCUGCUCCACAUGUGGGAAAGGAUUCACUCGGUUAACCAACCUGCGGACACACCAGCGAGUUCACAUGGGGAAGAAGCCAUAUGCCUGCUCUGUGUGUGGGAUGCGGUUCACUCAGUUGUGGCAUCUGCUGAAACACCAACGAAUUCGCAAGGGAUCACAGGGGUUGGAUUCUGCUAUUGCCACUGCUGUAAAUCACACCCAGGAGUGAACUCUUGUUCAUUCCCACAGUGGGUGAUACGGAGGAGUUUCUUUCUGCCAGUCUCACCACCUAGCUUCCAAUAACCCUGAUGCUCUUUGAGCGUGGGAGUGCACAUUUCCACUGAAAUGAAAUAUGCUUAUUUUGUCCUGGAUAAUAAAUAGUGUUUUUCUUCCCACUGCAGGUAGAUGUAAAAUAAAUAAUUUGUGUGUGUUCCACUGAGUCUCCAGCAAGGCCAAUUGGCUCAAACGGUCUGCCUCAAUAGUUCGGUUCCACAUGAACUUCCACCCACCCCUCUUCAUGAUUCUCUGUCAUCAUAUUUUUCCAAUUUUUUCUCUGUCAUGUUUGUAUCUAGCUUCCAUUAAAAGUACUAAUGCUGUUUACCUCAACCGCUCUCUACAGUAGCAAGUUCCACAUACUCAUCGCCUGCUGGUGUGACGAGAACUGUGCCUUUGAGAGGUGUGAUAACAAGGUGUAGAACUGGAUUAACACAGCAGGCCAAGCAGCACCAGAGGAGCAGGAAAGUUGAUGU